AUGCUCCCCCUCCUCCUCUCCGCCGCUGCGCUCGCAUGCCUCAGCGGAUGUCGCGCAGUAGGCAAUUCAAGGCUAACUCCGGAAAUCCGCUAUGCCAGAAGCGUUGGCGUCCGUCAGUACAUGGAAAGUAUUAUAGAGAGCUCGAACGCGACGACGAGCCAAGCGUCCAUCCUUGAUGUAUAUCUUUCGCAGGACAAGGAAUCGUAUUAUACGGUCAUUACACUCGGCAAUAUGAAUUUUCGUGUUGCACUGGACACUGGCUCAUCUGAUCUAUGGCUUGUAUCGUCUGCUUGUACAUCCAGCGCUUGCUCGUCGGUUCCAAGAUACCAGCUUGCAUACGAGAGUUCUACAUUCGUUCCUGUAAAUGACAACUCGACCGCGUUCAAUGUCAGCUAUCUGGAUACAACUAGUUUCAUUGCACGGGAAACAGUGUUUCUGGGGAAUUUAAGUGUACCCGAGCAGGCAUUCGGUCUCAUGAAUUCCUCUAAUGUGACUCUUAAUGAUGAGAUUAGUGGAGUUUUGGGACUCGGCUUCCCUCGGCUUUCGACCAUAUCCAACACGAUAGCAAAUGCAACACCGAUCUUUGGGACAACGUCGGAACAGGGCACCCUCGAUUAUCCUCUCUUUGGUUUACAUCUUAACCCGAAUGGGACAGGGAGCGUGACUUUCGGCGCGAUCGAUGCGACGGUUGUUGCCAAUAGAAGUCUCAUUGAGUGGAACGAGGUGGUCCCGUUUGCCCCAUUUAAUGGCACGAAUGGUACAACUGCAAGUUAUCUGCAAUGGGCAGUCGAAUUGUCUCUCAUAUCGGUCAAUGGAACGGAAAUCAUCCCACUUCCAACAUAUCCUCAGUCUGCGUCAAACCACUCAUUGGCUUUGAUCGAUGCAGGUACAUCAGGUAUUUACGGGCCCUAUCAAGAUGUUUCACGAAUAUUCGACAAGAUCGCGGGGAGUCGCCUCGUGGACACCGCCACUGGCCAAUGGGCGAUGCCUUGUGAUUCCAACGAGACUAUAUCUUUGUCUAUUGGGGAGUCGAAUUAUACCCUACAGCCGACGGACUAUCUCAUAGGGCCCACGUCCACUGAUCCAUACUAUUGUCUGGCUUGGCCAGCUGCGUUACCUCCGAGCUCAGAUGGUAUAGAUUGGCAACUUGGAACUCCAUUCAUGCAAACAGUAUACUCGAUCUUCAGUUUUGGUAUCGACACAAAAGAGGCGCCCAUGAUUGGUUUUUAUCCUCUCCGGAACUCCAGUGUCCUCGUUCAGUCACCGGCUACUGUGAGCUCUUACUUUUCAGCAGCUUCUGCGACGGUCAACACGGCGCUGCCCAAUUAUCUUCUCCCUACGCCAACAUACACCACUCCCGCAUAUGUCUUCAACACCUCUAUUGCGGCGCCGCUGGGACUGAUUGUUUCUUCUGGCCUUGCGACGAGCACAUAUUCCCCCUUACUGGGCACUCAGUCCGUCAACAACUCUGCCCUUCCUACGGUCGAACCAACACCUACGCUCUAUACAUUCUUUAUCACUUAUUCUGGAUCGGUGUCUACGUCCGUCUCCACCGUCCCACAACCCUCGAUUACCCUCGGUGAGCCGCCCGGCUGGACCAGUGGGGCCAGUGGCCUCCGUAUUCCUCUCCGAAUUGCGAUGUUCAGCCUUCUGUUCGCUCUCCUCGGUUUCACUGUCUAG